AUGAAAAUCAAAGCACUUUCCCGUUCUACUGCGUCGCAGCAGGCCCCCGGGUCCGCUGUCGUUCGCCAGUCGCGAAAUCUCGACCCGACACAGCAUCCUUUUGAGCGGGCUCGUGAAUAUACUCGGGCUUUGAAUGCAAUCAAGAUGGAGCGCAUGUUUGCUGCUCCUUUCCUAGCGCAGAUGGGCAAUGGUCACGUUGACGGCGUUUACUCUAUGGCGAAGGAUCCCGGUUCGCUUGAGCGGUUUGCAAGCGGCAGUGGUGACGGCGUGGUAAAGGUGUGGGAUUUGACCACACAGGGCGAGGUCUGGAAUACUCAAGGCCAUGAGAACAUGGUCAAGGGCCUCUGCUGGACACCGGAGCGAAAACUUCUCUCAUGCGCAAGCGACAAGACUGUCAAGCUGUGGGACCCUUACAAUUCGUCAUCUGAGGCCCCGCCGAUGGCAACAUACCUCGGAAACACUGCCUUUACCAGUGUAUCACACCACCGGACUCUCCCUUCUUUUGCCGCCGCCUCUGGUGUUAUUUCUAUCUAUGAUCUGUCCCGGCCUUCUUCCGCGCCAUCGCAAACUCUGCACUGGCCGACCAGCGUUGACACCAUCACAUCCGUUGCAUUCAACCAGACUGAGACUUCUAUCCUGGCAUCGACUGCCAUGGACCGGUCAGUUAUCAUGUAUGACCUGCGUACUUCUCAGCCGGUCCACAAGACGAUAUUGAGACUGGCAUCCAACGCCAUUUCAUGGAACCCUAUGGAAGCGUUCAACUUUGCCGUCGCAAACGAAGAUCACAAUGCCUAUAUCUUCGAUAUGCGAAAGAUGGACCGUGCCCUGAAUGUUCUGAAGGAUCAUGUGGCUGCUGUUAUGGACGUGGACUUCAGCCCUACUGGUGAAGAGCUGGUCACUGCCUCAUACGACAGGACAAUCCGCCUGUGGAACAGAUCGACUGGUCACUCCCGUGACAUCUAUCACACGAAGCGUAUGCAGCGUGUAUUCUCUGCUACAUUCACACCUGACAGCAAGUACGUCCUGUCAGGAUCUGACGAUGGCAAUGUUCGUCUCUGGCGUGCCAAGGCAUCGGAUCGCAGUGGAGUCAAGACCGCCCGUCAACGUUCCAAGCUCGAAUACGACCAAGCUUUGAUCCAGCGGUACUCGCACAUGCCCCAGAUUCGCCGCAUCAAGCGCCAGCGUCAUGUGCCCAAGCCUAUCAAGAAGGCUGGCGAAAUCAAACGCGAGGAACUCAAUGCUAUUAAGAGGCGCGAGGAGAAUGUGCGCAAGCACACUAAGAAGAGCAACCUGGCGCCAAGGACCCAUGAGCGUGAAAAGAUGAUUCUGGCCAGCGAGAAAUAA